AUGAAUAGAUGGAAUUUCAGAUUAAAAAAAUCUGAUGAAGGGUAUGAUAAGAUUACAGAACCUUUUGGAUAUAAAUUUGAAAUGCAUGCCAAAGAAGUAUAUGGAAAUGGAGAUAGUUAUAUGAAACAUGAGAAAAAUAUAAAUAAUUUAAGAAAAUUAAGUAAAACCGGAAAUGAAAAAUCAACAGAUUAUUCUAUGGAAGAUAAAAUUAUUGAUAAAAAUGCAUGGAACGUUUGUCUUAAUGCAUUUAAAGGACUAAUGAUGAAUAUUUUUGUUAUGUUUAUGUCUGGUGGUGCAUCCGGAAUUUUUGGUAUUAUUUUUAUCAUGUAUUCAAUAUAUAAUAUUUUAAAAUCAUUAUUUAAUAUUAACGAUGCAUUUAAAGGUAUAGGAGAAGAUACAAAUAAUAAAUUUGUGAUGCAGAAAAUUUGUUUUGCCCUUAUCAAUUUUGCCGCUUUACUUUAUAUUAUGAAUAUUUGCUCAAACAGUGGUUUAUUACCCAUAAGAUCUGCAGAUUAUUUUUAUUUUAUACCACACCAAAGAAUUAAACAAAAAAGCAUGAUGAGUGUAUUUUAG